AUGGAUCCAUCAUUCCCAGAGCCCCACACCACCAGCCAAGAGUUGGACCCCACAGGUAUAGAUUUCAACCCUGUUGGCCAAGAUUAUUUCUCUGCUGGCUACGUGUACGACUUUCUGUACCAAGAACUGGACCUGGACUCUCUUCAUGAAGAUCUUUCCCAUUCCAUGCCAGGCACCAUGACGGUGACCUCAGCAAACACACAUGAAUCCCACCUGAGUGCUGAACCAGAGGAUCUCAGAGAAGCUGAACGAAAGGAGCUCAAAUCCGAGCUCACUAAAGUGGAAGAGGAAAUUAUAAUGCUACGCCACGCUCGGGCAGCCAAAGAAAGAUGUUGCAUGGAGCUCAAGAGGAAGCUGGGCCUCAUAGCCUUGGUGGGGCUAAGGCAGAAUCUGUCCAAAGGCUGGUCUCAUGUUCAAGUCUCCAGUGUUUACAUGAAACAAAAGACAUCAGCUGCCCUGUCCACCAUGGGUUCUGCCAUUUGCAGGAAGCUUGGAGACAUGAAGAAGUCAGCCACAUUCAGAUCUUUUGAAGGUCUGAUGGGGGCAAUCAAUCGAGUUGCGGGUGACAGAGAGUUUAGCAGUAACUGCCUUCCUUCUUCAGCUGGGAGUGGAGAUGAUUCGAUCCUAGCUUCAGGGAGUAGGGACGAUCCACUUCCACUUUCCAGGAGUGGGAAUGAUCCAGUUCAGUGGAAUGGAGUCCAUCUGGUUCCGAGGAGUAGAGAUGAUCUGGUUGCAGGCAGUGGGCAUGACCUGCUGCCCUUUCUGGAGCCGGAAUGA